AUUUUGAUCGGGUCAGAUCUAAGACCCGCAGGUCCUCCAUAACAAAACCCGAUAGAAAAAAAAGAUCGGGUCGAUUUCUAUCCAAACCUAGAUUUUCCGGAUCGGUCUGGGAGAAAGUCAUUGGAUCCUAGUAAAAUGCGCAGGUCUAUUCUUCCUCUAUAAAAAGACACUGAUUCAGUUAUUCUAAGUCAUCUAUCUCCUUCCUUCUCAAUUUUCCAGAACUCUAUAGUCUCUACUUCACUUCAGUUAUUCUAAGUCAUUUAUCAUUUUUCUUGCUGGUCUCUUUGUUUUCUUCUUGAAAAAGGUUUUGUCUCUAAAUGGCUUCUUCCAACGAGAACGAUGAUGUUCCCAUGCUUCCAGUUUCAGACUCAUCAUCAUCAUCAUCUCGUACAAGGCCUUUCACUUCCAGGUCACGUAGCAUUUCCCUAGCAAACACUUCUUCCAGCAUUGACGGACUUGACAACUCAAUUGUUGUUUUGGGCUACACAAAUCCUCUUGGAACCCAGAGACGGCCUCCAUUAGUGCAAAUGGGUGACCCUCUUUCCUCUACUCGCAGUCCUGAGUCUCCAUUUUCUCUUCCUCCUCCUUCAACUUGUGGUUCUUCUGAUUACAACCACGAAGCCGCUCAAAUCCCCACUCCCAGAGUUUCUGCCACUUCUGAUUCCACCACGCACCAUAAUGCUCUGGAUGAUGAUGCCAAGGCUACGAGAUUCGCUACAUUCGUUAAAAAAUACAUAUCCAGAAUCAUGUAUCCUCACUCUAAAUACGUUCCGAGCUGGACUACAUUCUUUGCCUAUUCAUGCAUGUUGUCUAUUUUCGUAGAUCCCCUCUUCUUUUUCCCCAUAGAAGUCAAACUGGAGGAGAAAUGCAUUAAGAUCAAUUGGCCGAUGGCUCGUCCAAUUUUAGCUAUCAAAGGUGUAACGGAUAUUUUAUUAUGUGUAAACAUCUUUAUGCAGUACUCAAUGGCAUAUGUAAAUUCUGAGUAUACGGUUGAUGAACGUAAAAAAAUUAAGCGAAAGUACUACCUAAGCCUCCUCUUAGUGAUCCCAUUUCCACAGAUAUAUCUAACAGUUAUAGUACCUCACAUGUUAGGCGCAUCUUGGACAAAAGAUGCACAAAACGUUUUUCUCACUAUAAUUCUUCUCCAAUACAUUCCAAAGUUAUAUAUGUUUCUUCCUCUUAUAGCCGGACAAACACCAAAAUGGUUAAUAUUUGAGUCGGCACAGGCUAAAUUUUUUAUAAAUCUUCUCACCUACAUGCUUGCGGGUCAUGUUGUUGGCUCUUCCUGGUAUUUUUUCUGUCUGCAGAGAGUUCAUCGUUGCCUUCGAGUUGCUUGUGGCAAUGGUGAAAGAGGAUGCAAACAACUAAUAGAUUGUCAUGAAAAGAGAAAAAAAGUUUUAGACGCGUGGAAAAGUAACGUGAAUGCCAGUGUUUGUUUUCAAGAGAAUGGUUUUCAAUAUGGAACCUAUGGGAAGGCAGUCCAUCUCACCUAUAGCUCUACUCCUUGGUACACAAGAUACAGUUACUCUCUUUUCUGGGGGUUUCAGCAAAUCAGCACGCUUGCUGGAAACCAAGUCCCAAGUUACUAUUUUGGGGAUAUUGUAUUUACCAUGACUAUCAUUGGAGUGGGGCUUUUGCUUUUAGCGCUUCUUAUUGGUAAUAUGCAGAACUUCCUUCUGUCUCUAGGCCGCAGGGAUAUGGAAAUGACUCUAAGACGGCGUGAUGUGGAGCAAUGGAUGAACCAUAGACGGUUUCCAGAAGACAUAAGAAAGAGGGUGCGAGAUGCUGAGCGGUUAAACUGGAAAGCUACUAGAGGAGUUAACGAAGAAUUGCUCUUUGAGAAUAAACCUGAUGACCUUCAAAGAGAUAUAAGACGACACCUCUUCGCAUUUCUCUAUGAGGUGAGUAUAUUUUCGAAGAUGAAUGAAUCGAUCUUAGAUGCCAUCCGUGAGAGGCUGAAACAGAGGAAUUACCCAGAGGGUAGCAUGGUUUUGCGCCGUGGAGAUCCAGUUAAGAAUAUGGUAUUCAUUGUGAGUGGUAAGAUGAUGAGCACUGGAGAAGACGGUUCUCCUACUCCUUUAGUAGAGGGAGACGUUUGUGGUGAAGAACUUCUCACUUGGUGCCAAAAACGAUCUUCUAUAAACCCCGAUGAGACUACGGUAAGGAUGCCAUCAGAGGAAUUGUAUAGCAAAAGAGAUGUUUGUUGCGUGAAAAACGUGGAGGCGUUUUCACUCAGUGUAGCAGAUCUUGAAUACGUCGUGACUUUGUCCCCGACUCUCGAGAUUCCUGAGGAGUCAUAGGGUGCAAGGAGCCAUGAGUGCUCCCCACUUAAGGGAUAGCUUAAGUGAUACCAAUAAUCAUGGUCUAAGCAGAUUCAAGUGGUUUGGAGAUAUAUAAGGAGAUGGCUCUGGAGAUCGUACUGCUCGCUCAGUCAAUUAGAUUGUAAUCUUUAUUUUCGAUGGAUAUUGAUGAUAUAAGUUUGGUGGUUGUCAUACAACUAUAUUGUACGGUGUAUUUGUCGCUUUAAUAAGAUCAUUUUCACCUACGUUUAGAUUGAAU